UUUAGCGCACCCCGCAAGAGGAAAGUAGAAAAGAAAAAAGUCGUUGCACAACCCCAUCCUAGUCAUUGUUAUUGUCUGUAUUUGCAUUCUCGAACCAAAUAGAUUUCAGAUUCCUUUAAAUCGGUUCAUUCAUUGAUUCGUGUUCAUUCUAAGGGUCAUGUCUCCAAUUAUAACACGGUCUCUAAGGCUCGGUUAGCUACUGUGUGAGUGCGUGCACGCCAACUGUUUGUUCUUUUACUUCUGCGAGCAAUUUUAGUUGGCAUCUACUUGUUUUUCCUGCUUCACUUUUCAAAACUCUGGUAAUGGUGUUCGUGCUCGCAAGAAAGGUUGUUUCUUUAUACAGUCAACAUUUUCUCCCCAGGACCUUCAAUAUGUGCUUCAAGUUCCUAACCACCAUUCCCAACAAAGACAUUGAGGCUGCAGCGAGUUCUGUAUCCGUGCCACCUUCUGAAUACUCUAGCAACCUCCAUCUUUCCCCCUUUUUCUCUGACUUCCAUAACCCCCCAACUGGAUUUGAUAUCGAGCUUGUGGAUCAUGAUGCUUGGGGGGUCUCAUCUGAGGUGGCACAAGCCUGGCGAGGACCUGCAUCAAAAGCUAGUUCUUUUGGUCCGCAAGUGACUGAUGAAGCCCUUGAUGACCAUGUUGAGGGUGAAUUUGAUUUUGAAGACAUAGAUAACAUGAGAGUUCGUGGCAAUCUGUUCUAUAAGCUUGAGCGCAGUUCCAAGGAGUUUGAAGAGUAUAAUUUUGAUUUUCACGGGAAGAAAUCUUCCAAGAAAAAAGAGGUAAACAAAGCUAAAACAACUCCAAAUGAGACCUCCAAAGAUCAAAAGCUUCCCAGAGUUGAUGACUUGAAAAUAAGUAAAAGUGUUGUGCCCCGGGUGGAUGAAAUCUUUGAUGGGUCUCCUGUGAACAAGAGACAGAGGACUCCCACGUUUAACCAACUCACAGGUCCUUACCAUGAACCGUUUUGCUUGGACAUUUUCAUAUCAAAAGCCUCUGUUCGUGCUUGCGUUGUUCAUAGGGUAACUAGCAGGGUUGUUGCUGUGGCACAUUCCAUUUCCAAGGACUUCAAGUUUGACCUGGCUUCUACCAAGAACAAAACCACUUGUGCUGCUGUGGGGGCAAUUCUGGCUCAGAGAGCAUUGGCUGAUGAUAUUCAUGACGUGAUUUACACUCCAAGGAAAGGAGAAAGGUUGGAGGGUAAGCUUCAGAUUGUUCUUCGGUCUAUCAUUGAUAAUGGGGUCAACGUAAAGGUAAAGAUUAAGCAGAGACCCAAGAAAUCUUUCAACCGCUUUUGACCUUAAGUGUGCUUGUUCACUUGCUAUUAUCUGUUGUCCAUUGUUCGAUGUUUAUAUAUAUGAGACGCAUAUAAGCUUACAUUUUACACAAACGGAAGGGGUUGGGUCCUUUUAUGCAAGACUCGAGGUUUGAAUAUGCCGUUGCUAUUUUUCACAAUACUUGAUGUUAAGGGAAAUUCCAGACAAAUAUAGCUUGCAGUUGUGCAAAUUCGCAAUAUAGUUGCAGUGACUCCAACUGACUUCAAAAACCCUGAUGUCGUGGCAGCAGAUCUUUUUUAAAAACCUUGGAAACAUUAGCCUAGGUAGGGUUUGAAUCAUUUGUCUACUGUGAACUUCUACUACCAUUUUGGAUUCCUCCUUUGUAAUAUGUGAAUAAGGUUUAGUAUUUCCAAAUAAAAUUGCAUAAUGAUAAUCACA